UAAGACAUUCUUCGACCUCUUUUCCAUUUUCUGAAGCAGCUGAAAAUGUGCUGCUUAAAAGCUUUUUGCUCUUGAAUGCGGGCCGCCCUGCAGGCAUGAUUACUGAUCCUACAAGCGGGGCUUAAGCCAAGGUAAUGAGUGUGUAAACUAGCUGCCUUAUUGGCAACAAAGGCGUCUUGGGACGCACUGCCAUUGUCUCGGAGGGAACCAUCACCUUUUCUCAGUGAAAUCCGCCGCGGAUUGUCUGCGUGCAACAGGAGGUAGGGAUUAAAGAUGCGGCCCUUGGAACAAAUGGCGAAGCAAGGCAGCCAGUACAGGCCGGAGGCGGGGCCGAGCGACACCCACAAUUAAAGAUGAACUUUGAGUGAACUAAUUUAUCUGAGGGAGGAGAAGGUAACAGGCUGCCCGCGGUCUUGGCAGCCUAUAAAAGCGCAGGAUGAGCAGCCCGGAGCCUCUGUCGCUGACAGAGCUUCACCUGAGCUGCACCGCUCCUGCAACCGCCUGUCACUGCAAACAUGGCUCUGAGCACACUACUGGCUACCUUCCUCUGCACAAUCGUGCUUCCCGUCUUGCUGUUUCUAGUCGCAGUGAAGCUGUGGGAGGUUUACAUGAUCCGAGGCAGAGACCCGAGCUGCUCCAGCCCGCUGCCCCCCGGAUCCAUGGGCUUACCUUUCAUUGGAGAGACGCUGCAGCUCAUCCUCCAGAGGAGAAAGUUCCUUCGGAUGAAGCGGCAGAAGUACGGUUACAUCUACCGCACACACCUCUUCGGAAACCCCACGGUGCGCGUAACGGGAGCGGAUAACGUCAGGCAGAUUCUGCUGGGGGAGCACAGGCUGGUGUCCGUGCAGUGGCCCGCCUCUGUGCGCACCAUCCUGGGCUCCGACACUUUAUCCAACGUGCACGGAGCCCAACACAAGACCAAGAAAAAGGCCAUAAUGCGGGCCUUCUCCAGGGAGGCUCUGGAGCUCUACAUCCCCGUCAUCCAGGAGGAGGUACAGGCUGCAGUGAAGGAGUGGCUGGCCAAGGACUCCUGUGUGCUGGUCUAUCCAGAGAUGAAGCGUCUGAUGUUCCGCAUAGCCAUGAGGAUACUCCUGGGCUUUGAGCCAGAGCAGAUCAAGACCAAUGAGCAGGAGCUGGUGGAAGCUUUUGAGGAAAUGAUCAAGAAUCUGUUCUCUCUGCCCAUCGACGUGCCCUUCAGCGGACUCUACAGGGGUCUGAAGGCAAGGAACUUUAUCCACUCCAAGAUAGAAGAGAACAUCAAGAAGAAGGUGCAGGAGUCGGACAGAGGGUCCAAACACAGAGAUGCUCUGCAGCAGCUCAUAGACAGCAGCAAAAAGAACGGGGAACCCUUCAGCAUGCAGGCCAUUAAGGAAUCUGCCACAGAGCUGUUGUUUGGAGGUCAUGAAACCACAGCCAGUACUGCAACCUCUCUGGUCAUGUUCCUGGGCCUGAACCCUGAAGUUGUGGAUCGACUGAGGCAGGAACUAAUGGACAAGGAGGAGCAGGGGAUAGACCUCCAGAAUUUGAACAUUGAGUCAUUGGAACAGUUGAAAUACACCUGCUGUGUCAUUAAAGAGACUUUGAGGAUCAACCCUCCUGUUCCAGGAGGCUUCAGAGUGGCCCUCAAGACCUUUGAGCUCAAUGGUUACCAGAUUCCCAAAGGCUGGAAUGUUAUCUACAGCAUCUGUGACACCCAUGAUGUGGCAGAGAUCUUCCCCAACAAGGAAGACUUCCAGCCAGAGCGCUUCAUGACUAAACCCUCCACCGACUCCUCCAGGUUCCAGUACAUCCCGUUCGGAGGGGGCUCCAGGAUGUGUGUGGGGAAGGAGUUUGCCAAGGUCCUGUUAAAGAUCUUCCUGGUGGAAGUGGUCACAAAGUGUCACUGGACUCUUUUAAAUGGGCCACCCACCAUGAAAACCGGACCUACUGUCUAUCCUGUGGACAAUCUGCCAACCAAGUUCACCAGCUAUGUGCAAAAUUAAAGUGAGAUGACGAAGGGUUGUGUUUCCUAAAAGCAGUGUAGAGUGAAGUGUCAGGUUUCCCAAAAGUCUCAAAUCAUCUGUGUUUUUAUCCCCCUUAUCCACAGGGGAACUACAGUAUAAUCAAGGUGCUUGGGGAGUUUUUGGUAGCGCUCAUGCUCUAGGAAACAGCUCAAAGUCUGCAUUUACAUAUAAACCAAGCUAGCAAUUCUGAUAUUUUGGACUUAUAUCAAUGUGGAUUUUAUGGAAUAUCAAAUUGUAAAUAUUGUAGAUGACUUAAGAAGGUAUUUUACAUUUUAUAUUAUGAUGUUAAUACAUUGGAUUUGUGUAUAUAUAUUUUUUAAAGAUAUGAACAAACUAAACCAGAGGCACUAUACACAUACAUGGAACACUUUAAUCAGCUCUGAGGUGUAUCUAUAGGAUUAUGUAUAUAUGUAAUGUAGAGUCUGUUUAUAUAACUUUUGUAUCUUACCCCAACUUAUUUAAGUGACUUAUGUUAUAUUGUAUGGGCUUUUUAUUAUUUAAUCAAAAUGUUUUGUGGAGAAUCUUGUGUUGUGGUGUUUUUUUUCUUUGUAUUUCAUUUAUGUGAAAGAGUUAAACUUAAAUGAAAGGCUGUCCAAAGUGGGCCCUAAGGUUCACUUAGGUCAACCAGAUGUUUUUAGCAAAAAUAAUUAAAGAUUAACUUUGCAAAGUUA